AUGGAUCAACGACUUCGACAUCAAUUCAGAAUCGUUACGGCGCCUAUAGUCGGAUCUAAACGACCUGAAGAUCAACGCAGUUGCGUGGGCGGCUGGUCACGAACCGGGGCUGUGAAGCUAGCGACAGGGAUCGAAGUGGAGUCAUCGCAAACUGUAGGGAUGAGUGAUCUCAGCAAAGCUCUCCCUCGAUUCUAUCAGCUGGCUCCACUGGCGUCCCAUUGA